AUGCGAUCUCAUCUCAUCUCUGUGCCACAGCCAGUCGAAUCUCACAGCCACGGUGUGGACCUCCUUUUCGUCUCCACUCUUCCUGUUCCUCUCCUUUUAUUUAUCCCGAAAUUCCACUUUACUAUACUGUACUGUAGUACUGCAAAAAGAUCUCAAAGCCGAAGCAAACAAAUCUCUCGUGCUUAGCCCUAGCUAGCUACUGGUCCUUUUCUUCUCCUCUCCCGUCUUCGUUACUCGGAUCACGAAAUCUAUAGCUACUAAUUACUGGCGAUGGAGGAUCUCUCGGAUCUUGGAGGCCACGGCCACCCGGGUGCUGCUGCCUGGCGGCCCGCGGCGCCAUCAUUGGCGUCCUCUUCCAAGGUCUCGGUGCAAGUCUACACCGUCCCAAGCUCAGCUGCUACCGGCCGUGAAGCCCGAGGUCAAGGUGUUGCACCAAUGAUGCAUGCGUCUAGCGUCGCUGGCCAUGGCGGCCGCGCUGCUGAUCUAGACCCCGUCAAGGCCAAGAUCGUCUCCCACCCUAGCUACCACCGCCUGCUCGCCGCCUUCUUGGACUGCCACAAGGUCGGCUGCCCGCCGGAAGCGGCCGAGGAGAUCGCGGCGGUGGCGCGGGAGCGCGAGGCGUGGCAGCGUGCAGCCGCGGGCGACGUCGCGCACACAAGGCCGGACCCGGAGCUCGACCAGUUCAUGGAGUCCUACUGCGAGCUGCUUGUGACGUGGAAGGAGGAGCUGACCCGGCCGCUCCGGGAGGCGGAGGAGUUCCUGACGACAGUGGAGGCGCAGCUCAACUCCAUUACCAACACCGGGCCAACCAUGGGAGCUUUCAUCUCUUCAGCUGCAGCUGCAGAUAAAACUGGAGUCGUCGAUAUGUCCGACGAUGAACAAGAAGAAGGCAGCGGCAUGGAGGCAGAAGUAGCCCUGGGCAUCGAUCCUUGCUCCGAUGACAAGGAGCUCAAGAAGCAGCUCCUCAGGAAAUACAGCGGGUGUUUGGGCAACCUGAGAAAGGAGCUGUGCAAGAAGAGGAAGAAAGACAAGCUCCCCAAGGAGGCCCGGCAGAAGCUGCUCAGUUGGUGGGAGCUGCACUACCGAUGGCCCUACCCCUCGGAGAUGGAGAAGAUCGCACUGGCGGAGUCGACGGGGCUGGAGCAGAAGCAGAUCAACAACUGGUUCAUCAACCAGCGGAAGCGGCACUGGAAGCCGUCGGAGGAGAUGCAGUUCGCGGUGAUGGAUGGGUUCCACCCGGCCCCGCCCAACGCCGCCGCGUUCUACGUCGACGCACGCCUCGUGGGAGCAACGCCGGCGAUGUUCUACGCCCGGCCGGAUCAUGGGGCUCAUCAUGGCCUCUGGCACAAUUGAUUCAGCCCACGCACGCUACCAUGAAGUAUUGAAGUGUGCGCCUGAAAACCUGCAUGCAUGCCGUAGCUUAAUUAGCCUAUAAAUAUGAAUGAUCUGCACAAUGAACUGGAGAUCGAGAAAGAACCCUACUGCAUUACUGUACCCCCGUUGUUGCACCAAGAAACUUUACAUGUCAUGAACAGCAAAGACUGUGCCUCCUUAAUGCUACAGGUUUGCGGCAUUUUGCAUAUAUGAUGCUCGUUAAG